AUGCCAGACGACGGCUGGGUGGGCCCCUGGAGACCCCACCGGCCCCGGGGUCCCACCUCGGCCGUGUACCGGAACCCCGGGCCCAAGUAUGGGAUCUCCGGCGGCAUGGGCCAAGACCAGCGCGACCCCUCCGGCCGCCGCGCCCCCGCCUACACCUUCGGGAUGAGGCUGGAGGGCCCCGAGGAGCCGCGCUCCCCCGGCCCCCAGUACCUGGUGCCCGCCGACUGCACCGCCCGGGGCCGGGAGCGCGGCCCCGCCUUUACCAUGAGCGGCCGUCCCCGCGAGCAGCGGGCCAGCGACACCCCCGGGCCAGCGUACUAUUCCCCGGAGCAGGCAACCAGGGUGACCCUGCCCUCGGCCCCCGCCUGCUCCGUGAGGUCCCGGAUCCGCCCGGACAAACCCCAGCAGACGCCAGGCCCUGCCACCUACCAGCUGCCACCCGUGGUAGGCCCCCAAUACACCAUGACAGGGCGAGGCCGCAGCAUCUUCGACGACAAUAAAAAGACCCCAGGACCCAACAAGUACGGCGCCGUGGACACCAACUUGUACAUGGCGCGGGCCCCCCGCUGCACCAUAGUGGGGCGGACCCACUCCCGCCCGACCUCCAACACGCCCAGCCCCAGCGACUACUACCCCAAGCCGGACCGGAAACAAGGACAGACCUUCGGUGUGCGCCACUCGGAAUCUGUGGUCCCCGUGAUGGACAUGCAACUGUAG